UCCCCAAUAAACCCUAACUCCGCAGCAGCUUUCAUCUCCUUCCUCCUCCUCCUCCUCUUCCCUCACUCUGUAUUCAAAAUUCAAAUGUUUGGUUUCUCAAUGAGAACUUUAAUCUCACCAUCUCUUGUUCCCUUCUCUCUUCACCACCUCCCUAAACCUUCUCUCUUCUCCGCCGCACUUCGCUUCUCCUCCCUCACCAUUUCCAUCUCCGCUACCAACAACAAUUCCCCCAAACAUUCACCUUAUUCCGCAAUUUCCACCAGAAACGCACAUACGACGGCAUCAUCAUCAUCGUCAUCACUCUCCCUCUCACCUCCCGGAGAGAUACACGUCGUAGUCGGUCCAAUGUUCUCCGGGAAAACGACAACACUUCUCCGCCGUAUCCUCGCCGAGAAACAAACCGGUAAAAAUAUCGCCGUCAUCAAAUCGAACAAAGACACAAGGUACUGCACCGAAUCGAUAGUGACUCACGACGGCGAGAAGUUCCCGUGCUGGUCACUCCCGGAUCUAUCGAGUUUCAAGGAGAGAUUCGGAAUCGAAGACUACGAGAAUCGGUUAGACGUGAUCGGGAUAGACGAAGCUCAGUUCUUCGGAGAUCUAUACGAGUUUUGCCGCGAAGCUGCUGAUAAAGAGGGUAAAACUGUAAUUGUUGCUGGAUUGGAUGGUGAUUUCAUGAGGAGGAGGUUUGGUUCCGUGCUUGAUUUGAUUCCGAUUGCGGAUACAGUCACGAAGCUGACGUCGAGGUGUGAGGUUUGUGGGAAGAGAGCUUCGUUUACGAUGAGGAAGACGGAGGAGAGAGUGACGGAGCUCAUCGGUGGAGCUGAAGUGUAUAUGCCUGUGUGUAGGAGUCAUUAUGUUUGCGGUCAAACCGCUCGUGCCGUUUUGGAUUCUUCGUCUUCAAUCAAAACGCAUGAUGUUGUUGUAGCGACUUCACUUUAAUGUAUUGUAGUGCCGCCGAUUUGAGAGUUUGUAGGAUUUUUUGUAGUCUUCUAGUUAUUUAGCUUUGAGUUUUAAAGUAUGUACUAUUUAAUCAAUGGUUUUAAACUUGAACAAGAUAACAUGGUAACAUUCUUUCUCUUA